CAUAGGAGUAGGUGUCUACAUAACACACGCAAAUAUUGAAUUCUGGAGAUUAUUCAUCGAUAGCUUGUCCGGUGCUCCGCGUCGUUGCGUCCAAUGCGCUCGUUUCGUUAAAAAUCGUUUCGUUAGGAAUUUUAUUUUUAAAAUAUUCAAAAAUUAUUUAGUAUGAACUAAUAUCUGUUGUUCCUUUUUAAGUGUUGUUUGAUUAGUGUUUCCAGUGAUGGCAUCCAGUAUAGCCAGAAUUGUUUGUCUCAUUUUGUUAUUUAUUUGUUGUGGUCAUGGUCAGGAUUUCGGCUAUGACGGAAAGUCUGGACCGGAUUUUUGGGGUUUAAAUUACAGAGGAUGCAACGGGGGCAAGCUGCAGAGUCCAAUAGACAUCCAAUUAAAUAACGUUAUAAGAAAAGAAUUUCCUCCGCUUAUUUUCGAGCACUUCGAUAAACCAUUAGAAACUGUUAGAUUAGAGAAUAAUGGACACACUGCUCUCUUGUCCAUAAAAAUCGGAAAUUUGCCCAACAUACGCGGUGGACCUCUGAAUGCAACUUACAAUUUUACUCAACUGCAUUUCCAUUGGGGCAGAAACGACGAUGAAGGUUCUGAAAACUUGAUUAACAACCAAAGUUUUCCGUUGGAAUUACACAUGGUAUUAUUUAAUACGGACUACGGAAAUUUUAGUAAUGCGCUCAACCAUGAUGAUGGAUUAGUCGUAUUAUCGUUCUUGUUUCAUAGAACUAUAAAAGAGAACCCCAGCUACCAAAAAUUCGAGUCGGGGCUUCCCGCAGUGGAAAAUUUCAACGCCUCCGUCGAUAUUGUCGGAUUCGUUUCCUUGGACAAUUUCACUACAACAGACCGGAGCGAAUACGUCACAUACAGAGGAUCCCUAACCACUCCGCCUUGUUCCGAAGUAGUUACGUGGAUCGAAUUUAUCAAUACGAUACCGCUAUCACAUGAUCAAAUUCAAGAGUUUCGGUUGCUUUCGGGUUCUGAUGGAAAGCUUAAUCACAACUUUAGACCAGUUCAAGCGGCUAACGACAGAUCAGUUUAUAUGAACAUCCCUACUGCCAAUAAUUCAAAUAAACCUACAAACUCGAAUCAAAAAUCAUCGUCGACUUAUUUGAAAAACAAUUUAGUGUUAUUGGUUCCUGUUAUUAUAUUUUCUCAAAAAUAUUUCAAUUUUGCUGUUAAUUAAACAAUUAAAUAUAUUGCUUAUGAAAUCUAAUUUAU